AUGCAGAGGGAGAUCAGUGCCAUAAGUGAGAAAUGUGCAGUAUUUCAAGACACGUACGUUAAAAAAGAUGAUUUAAAAUUUGAAUUUGAUAAGUAUCAUAAGAAUACACGAGGGCAACUCAUAAGUCACCCUAAUGUCAAUAGCAAGAGAGGCGGUUCUUGCUUACAAGAUAGCCCCGACUGUGACAGCGGGCCGAUGGGCUUAAUGACCGUCCGUAACGAUAAUUAUACGUCGACAAUGACAGUGCAAAAACAGAUAGGUGAUCACCUGUCUUUGUCGGACGCGAGCGCUUGCGCGGUGGAGACAGAUAAGUCUGUCCUAUUCACACACGUGCAACAAGUGGCACAUCAAGAGUACGUGGAGGCCCCUCGUCAAGUAACUGCGGUUUCGAAUGCACACGAGGCAAAUGCAUUUGAGGCGCCCGCGCACCUAUCCUUGUCAUGCGUGAGCGAUACGGAGGCGGAAGAUCAUAAAGCUGUCUCUGUCGCUCCCGUAUUAAGGUCGGAGAUGACGACUCGAGCGCUUGUCUCGUCUGAGUCAGCUGGUGUGAUGACGUCGUGCAAUGUAGUGAAUGCAGAUAUACAAAGCGCCGUGAACAAGCAAGAUCGCUUAGAAAGAUACAGUGAUGUGGACGCAUCUAAUCUAAAUGACCGUAAAAUUGGAGGAUCUGGAAUUAGGAAUCAAAAAUCGAACUCAACUAUAAAAUCUGGAGUUGAUGACGCCUCGACGAAGAGAGACAUUACUGGUGUACAUGCUAGUACAAGUAAACAGAAUAAUAAGCUAGUUAAAAAACAUGGCAACUUUGAACGUGUACGGCCAGUUUUAAUUCGUAAAUGUAAAUCCAAGGGAAAAGAAAUUUUAAAAAUCCUUGCGAGGGGUAUUAUACCGAUUGCUGUGGAAUUGGUACCUGAAAGUAUGCAACGGCAGAGGGGGAGACAGAAAAGAUCCCAAAGAAUACUUCCUGCAAACAGAAAACGGUACAAUAAAUCCGAGCACGCUUUGCGAAAGAACCGUGAAAGACGAUCGUAUAGUUGUCCACGCUGUGGCCAUACCUGUUGCGACAGAUUUAGAUAUUGA